AUGAGAGAUUCUGGAGGAAGCCAUUACGGAGAACGGGCUCGAACUGGUCGAGGAGCAUCGUCCUCGGAUCGGCCAGGAUCUCCUCCCAGGGCGGCCCGUCGCAGCCCAAGCACCGAGUCUCGAUAUCGCCAUUCUGAUUCAAGGCACCGUCACGCCUCGUCCAGAGACGACCGUCGUCGCUCUCGCGAUCGCAGCAGAGAUCGUUCGCGACAACAUCGAACCGAAUCUGCACGUCGAGACACCGAAGUAGAGGAUCUUAUUCCACGUUAUCGAGCGCAAAAGGCACGCCAUCGGGACCCUGACGACGAACGUCGUCGCAGUCGUAGCCGUGAACGAGUCGCCCCGGUGUCUCCAUCGUCUUCGGCCAAGAGGCAUAGAGCACGGAGUCACUCGGUUGAAUCGCCUCACAGAAAACGAUCGAAGCGGGAUCACGAAGCAUCUCGGCCGUCUCGAGACCGUUCUCCAGACACGGAAUCUAGAAGGCGUAGACGCCGGUCCUCCAACGAGCGCCAUCACCAUCACCAUCGACAUCGAUCAAGGUCCCCUGGUCGCCACUCCCAUUCUCGUCGCUCUCCCUCCCCAUCACGAACCUCCCGGUCGAAACGCAAGGCAUCCUCCAGAUCUCGCUCGCGGUCCAGGCGCGAAUCCGCGUCACGAUCCCGGCCGUCGAGAAGCUCUGGCAGGCCCAGAUCUAGAUCUAGAGAGUACAGGUCUAAAGACCGCCGGCCGGCAUCACGGAGUCCAUCUCCUACUGGAAGCCGUCGACACGGCUCUUCUCGCCGCCAUCACACCACCUCUCUCUCUAACCACCCCUCUGCAGCUGCACCCAGCGGCCCGCCUACUGUUGGCAACGACUCCCGAUCUCAAAGAGAAGCGCCCCAGCGGUCCCCUAGGUCCCAUCGAGAAACCAGACAUCAGGGAGAUUCUGUAGAGCCUCAUUAUUCCUCCCGUUCCGACAUAGACGACGAGAUGGCAUCUCGGAGCAGUUAUCGAGGAGGGUACAAUUCCAUGUACAGUCACAGGCAUCAUUAUGGAAUCGAUUCAAGAGGCUACUCCCAGUCUCCUCAGCAUGGCGGCUCCUUUCAUAAUUCGCAGUCUACUUCUCCUUAUGGAGCAGGGCGGUCAGGGUGGAAUGGACAAUAUACCCCUGAGCAUCAGCACCCGCCUCCAUACCACCAUGGCCCGGGUCAAUACGGUCCACCCAGCGGCCCGGCAGACCAUUACCACUCACAACCCCCGCGAUCCCCUCCUUACGGGGCUCCGUCGGGCCCGAUGAACUCUCAUAGCUCGGGAAACUAUCGAGGCGGGCCGGGAUCCCAAGCAGGCAGUCAACGAGGCAUUCCCUUUCAAGGUCGGGGAGGAUUCAGAGGGCCCAAUACCAAAGCUUGGGGUCCGGCUAGCUCAGAGUCAACAGCGAGGUCACACCCGCAGCAUGCAGACGAACAAGGGGCCCGGCGUUAUAGCACUGCUGCUGGUUCUAGGGAGGACAGCGGAUCCAAACCCACAGAGAUGGAUAUUGAUAGAGAAAGCAGGACGUCAAAGCCGAGCACAGGAGUUCAUGUCCCGCCUAAAGGAGAUGUUGAGGAGACACCAGCUGCUCCAUCUCGACCAACGCCAACAGGUCCUGGAUCUGCCCAGUCUGGUGCGUCAGGAAAGUUCAGUUUUGCCUUCAAAGCUUCUUCAAAGCCAACCCCAACAGCACCAAAGCCGGAGAUUUCACAAAAGUUCAAUGCUCCUCCAAAGAAGGAUAUUUCUACGAAAGACAGUACCACGGAGAGAGAGCCUCCCCGCUCGGCACCUACUGAGCCUGCAUCGGCCAGGCAGCGGCUGGACUUUAGGAACCCGCCUCCAGACGGCCCCAAGAUAGCUCCUAGGACGCGAAAGGUAAUGAAAACUAUGCGACGAGCCAGGGAACGCCCUCAAUUGGAGCCAGAUUUGGUUGGGUCUGAAUCUGUGUUUUAUCGAAAACCUGGCAACGAAUCUGUGGUUGGAUCUGGGACCUAUGGCAAAGUGUUUAAGGGUGUUAACGUGUAUACAAAGGGUCUGGUUGCUCUGAAACGCAUCCGCAUGGAGGGCGAGCGAGACGGCUUCCCUGUGACGGCAGUUCGAGAAAUCAAACUGCUGCAGUCGCUGAGACAUGCUAAUAUCGUCAAUCUUCAGGAAGUCAUGGUGGAGAAGAACGAAUGCUUCAUGGUGUUCGAAUAUUUGUCACACGACUUGACAGGUCUUUUGAACCACCCAACAUUCAAAUUGGCACCUGCGCAAAAGAAGGACCUGGCCAAACAGCUGUUUGAGGGAUUGGACUACCUCCACACUCGAGGUGUCCUGCAUCGAGAUAUCAAAGCCGCAAAUAUUCUGGUCAGUAAUACCGGCGUGCUCAAAUUGGCCGACUUUGGGCUUGCUCGCUUCUAUGCGAAGCGACACCAACUGGAUUACACCAACCGUGUCAUAACUAUUUGGUAUCGAUCUCCUGAGUUGCUGCUGGGAGAAACCCAGUACACAGCCGCCGUGGAUGUAUGGAGCGCGGCCUGUGUGAUGGUGGAAAUUUUCAAUAGGACGGCUAUUUUCCCAGGCGACGGCACAGAACUGAGUCAAUUGGAAAAGAUUUACAGUGUUUUGGGUACGCCAAAUCGCCAGGAAUGGCCUGGACUGGUUGACAUGGCUUGGUUUGAACUCCUCCGGCCAACAGUGAAGCGGAAGAGCGUCUUUUUCGACAAGUACAUUUCAAAAUUGACCCCUGCGGCAUUCGAGCUACUAUCUGCCAUGCUCCAAUAUGACCCUGCAAAGCGACCAACUGCUGCCGAAGCUUUGCAGCACGCUUAUUUCACCACGGAAGAGCCAUUACCGAAACAGGCAACAGAACUGGCCGAAAUUGAGGGAGACUGGCAUGAAUUUGAGUCAAAAGCUUUACGCAAGGAGAAUGAGCGUCGAGAACGGGAAGCACGAAAAGCAGUUGCCAAGGAGCCAGUUCGGGAAAAGGAGAAAAAACGAGCACCAGAGGAUGGCAGCGAUGGAGAACGUGAGGUGAAGAGAGCGCAUACUGAAUCAAAGGAAGCAUAA